AUGUCGCCAACCACAGAACUUUUUCGACCAUAUCUUGCCAGACAUGCAAACUUGAGAGGCAUUGGCGACGACAGGCCUACCGCUCUUGAGAUUGUUCAAGAUCUGAAAGCUGAAGGAACGCUCAAGAAUGCUGUCAUUCUAAUCACCGGAUGCUCUGCCGGCCUUGGAGUUGAGACUGCAAGGGCUUUGUACUUGACUGGUGCUAAGCUUUACUUGACAUUUCGCAACCUUAAGAAAGGCCGGGUUGCUAUAGAGGCUAUAACCAAAGGCGCACCAGCUGGACAGACGAUCGAAUUCUUGAACCUGGACCUGGGCGAUCUUGAAAGUGUACGAGCAGCAGCUGCUGAAUUCAAGUCUCGAAGCGACAGGCUUGAUAUCUUGAUCAACAACGCAGGUGUUAUGGCAGCGCCUCAGGGAAGGACCAUUAGUGGUUUCGAGACGCACAUGGGAAGCAACCACUUCGGCCAUUUCCUGCUGUUCGAGCUACUGAAGCCUCUUCUUCUGUCAUCAGCUUCGCCUGAGCGUAAGUCUCGCGUCAUCAACCUGUCUAGUAGUGGCCAUCUCAUAAGCCCCGUCCGCUUUGACGACAUGGAGUUUGCAAAGGAAGGAAGCUACGACCCCUAUGUCGCUUAUGGACAGAGCAAGACAGCAAACAUCUACAUGGCCAACUACAUUGACAGAGUCUAUGGCGAGCAUAUUCGUGCUGUUUCGGUCCAUCCCGGUGUCAUUCUCUCGACUGAACUCAUGCGCCACCAAAAGGUUGAAGAUCUUCAGAGCAUUGGUGACCCAGAGUACUUCAGAAAGAUUGAGUGUAAUGCACAACAGGGUGCUGCUACCACUGUAUGGGCUGCUCUGAGCCCUUACUUCGAGACCCACGGUGGAAUGUACUUGGCGGAGGUUGGAGUCGCUCCAGCACUUGCAGAGGACGAGGGCAUUGGAAGAUGUGGCUAUGCCACUUAUGCAUAUGAUAAGGCAGCGGAGGACCGUUUAUGGGAAAUCAGCUCGAACGCAGUCGGACUAUAG